GUUUCCCCCUCCACAGCUCUGCCUGUUCUCCGGACUCUGGUGAUGCCAGGACCAUGUGUGGUGCGUGUGGAGCAGAGUGAGCGGGGUCGGAGCUGACAGAGGCCUCGGGGAGGGGGCAGAGACCUCCGGAGUGACGUGUGGGAUUAGGUGCGGGGGCCCUCCCUCCCUCCCUCCCUCUGACUUUCCUCCGUUCACCUGGAAUCUCCUGAGACGCCUCCUGGACGAGGAGACUGCUGCCAGACACUCCUGCUGCUCAGAGUAUGCUACAUGCGGGCCCCAAGGAGAUGUCCCCCCGGGGACCCGUGUACCGCUGAUUCCCGAGCCUAUGAGAAGGCGUCCUGUCAGCUGAUGGCGUUCCUGAGCGGGCCCCGGCUCCUGGACUGGGCCAGCUCCCCCCCACACCUGCAGUUCAAUAAGUUUGUGCUGACGGGAUACCGGCCGGUGGCCAGCGGAGCCGAGUGUCUGCGGAGCCUCUUCUACCUGCACAACGAGCUGGGCAACAUCUACACCCACGGGAUUCCUCUCCUUGGUUUCUUAUUCCUGCUCCCUCUACAUAUUCCAUGGCACCAGCUGUCUGUCCCGUGGCUUGGUGUGGUCCAUUACUUAGCCUGUGUCAGCCCCCAGCUGGGCAGUGUGCUGUAUCAUCUCUUCAUGAACCACCAUGGCGGGGCAUCUGUCUACCACAAGCUCCUCACCCUUGACAUGUGUGGCAUCUGUCUUGUCAACACUUUAGGUGCGCUCCCCAUCAUUUACUGCACGCUCCUGUGCCAUCCCUACACGCGGAGUCUGGCCCUCCUGGCAUAUAGUGGCUUGUCUAGUUACGUCAUCUUCUGCGCCAUCAGCGCCCAAAGCAAUGUACGUCGCCUCUGCUCGUUCACCUGGCAGGCCGCCUUUCGCUUUUUCUUUUUUUAUCUACGUUGGGUGGGACUGGGCUCCGGCCAUCCAUCUUCACUACGCUGCUACCUCCUUAUGGAUAGUCUGGCCCUCUUCGGAGGCGUAAUAAACAUUUCCCGCCUCCCUGAACGUUUACGUCCUGGAAAAUUUGACUACUGGUGCAACAGCCACCAGAUUAUGCACGUCCUGGUGGUUAUCAGCAUCUUAUACUUGCACUGGGGUGUAACCUCUGACCUCAUAUGGAUAAGCAGAUAUUCGUGUCCGCUGGAGUGAUGCACUGACCUCCCU